AUGGACAAUGAAACCGUGCAAAUUCUGGUUCAGAAGGAAGUUUCUCUCUAUUCUCAGGGUCAGAAGGAUGAAGUUAAAGCGAAGAAGCCAAGUCAAGAGCCCACUCAACCACAGACAUUUCUUGAAGACGUUCUGGUGGACGCUGCGCCAAAACGAAGAGGACGGCCGCCACAAGCCGCAACUUUACUUGCAAAUGUCUCGCAGAGUCGUGUCGGCAUCCUAGCUCGGGCACAAGCCAUCAUAGAAAUAGCAACUCCUGACGAAAGCAGAUUCCUUCGAGCAAAUGACACCUGGGAUCCGUCACCGGAGCAGGUUAGCCUGCCACCUCCGACCCAGCGCUUUGCUCGAAGUACCCUUGGCCAGCUACAAGGUGCCCGAACGAGGUCUCUUUUUGAUGGUGAAAGCGGCCCGACACGCCUCACCCAAAACUUUGCUCCAAGUGGUUUGGCUCAGCUUCAGGGCUUGAGGACAAGGUCCCUAUUCGCUGACGAGUGGUCCUUGCAGCAUGAUGCAGAGGACUAUGAUUUUGCCACUGGGCGUAGAUCUCCAUCUCCGUUUCAGGAGGUUGAGGAUGAUAUUUCUCAACGCCCGAAUGGCGUAGUGAAUCCUUUGGUUGAAGCUCCUGUCAAAAAGUCUACUGAGAGCAUUGGUGGUAAACGCAAAGUAAAUUCACUUAAUGUCCUCACAGAAUCUCCACAACCCAGUUCUUCGCGGAUGCCAGCGAAGGUCAGAAGCGGAUCGAGGGUGAGAGUUAAGUCAACCUCAUCGAGUGAAAGCGAAAAUGUGGAAAUUGCUCCUGUAACGCCAAAGAAGUCGCGGAGGCCUAGAGCGAAAGAUUCGUCCACCAAGAAGUCAGCACGUGUUCAAUACGAUUUUGGCGAAAAGUGGGAAUUGCAUAUGAAGGAGCAUAUUACCAAGGACCCUGAUCUCCACAUGCGUGUUCUGCGAUACGAGCCGAUCCAUUUUGACGUCUUCUUGGAACUGGCACAGCUCUAUGCGCCACCCAGUAGACAGAUGAAACUUCAACUCCAGAUUUUUCUAGACAACCAAGCCAUUCAUUUCCAUGGUGCGGAAGGGAUCGCUUGGAAGCGUUAG